AUGGACAACUUUGAUUAUCCGACUACGGAGUUCAACCAGUUCAAUCAGGAGUUUGGGUCUCCUGAGGAUAUAUUGGGGAAUGGGCAUGGAGGGGUGAGAUCGGAUAAUGGAGAACAGACGGGAUCUAAUAAUGAGUCGAGUGGCAAGUCGCCCAGUCACGCGAACGAGACGUCUGCGGAAGCGCAUGCUCAUGAAAUAGGGAAGCCGAAGUCCAAGCGUACGCGAGCGACGGGGGAGGCUUUGGAGCUUUUGAAGAAGGAGUUUGACAUUAAUCCGAAUCCCAAUGCACAGAAUCGAAAGCGUAUCUCGGAGCAGACAGGGCUACCUGAGAAAAACGUGCGUAUCUGGUUUCAAAACAGGAGGGCCAAGUACCGGAAGAGUGAUCGGUCGUUCAACCAGCGCACGGCGGCGACGGAUAUGAAUACGUUUGGGUCAAUAUCUGUCACGGUUGAAUAUGACAAGAUUCCUUUGAAUAUUAAUGAUAACUACUAUUUUAUAGAUGUCAAUUCUUUGACUGUGGGGAGUUGGAAGCGAUUGAAAAGUGGCAAUCUACAUCGCGAGAGUUUGCCCAAUAUUAAGUAUCUUUCGAACCUGUCGCCAACGUCGAUUAAUACGAUUAUGUCCAAUGCGACAGAUUUGAUGGUUUUAAUCUCAAAGAAGAAUUUUGAAAUCAACUAUUUUUUUUCAGCGAUUGCAAAUAACACCAAGAUCCUGUUUAGGAUAUUCUUUCCAAUUAACAGUGUUUUGAAUUGCUCUUUGACGUUACAGACAGACGCUCUAAAAAAGGAUGAUGAUACAGAUAAUGUAGUGCUGGAAACUACGUCCGCAGAGACCGAAAGCGCCUGUGAGUUGAAACUGAACGUUUCAAAGCCACCCAAGUUUGCGGUUUACUUUUCGGAUAUGAACGACGAGCUAACAUCUAACCAAUGGUCUAUUUGUGAAGACUUCUCAGAAGGCAGACAGGUCAGCGACGCAUACGUUGGAGGUUCAAACUUCCCUCAUAUUCUCACCGGGCUGGAGCCAUCUUUAAAGUUUAUGAAUUCUUUGAUCCUUGAAUAUAAUAGCUCAACCUCACACAUAGUCGCCCCUCCAUCUCAACAGCAGCAGCCAUCGCAUCCACACUCGCAUCAUGGCACCGACCACGCGCAGUCAAUAGUAUUACAGCCCGAACCUCAUUCUUUAGCACAAUCUGCAUUUUUCAGAAACUAUGGACCGCACUCCACUGAUGAUAUACUCGAUAUACAAGACCCAGAUCAAUAUGAGACUACUCAAACCACACAUACAGAAUUCCCAAGCACCGCAGCCGCCCCAGGCUCCAAUUUCCUUACUGCACAUUUAACUGAUACCCAGAUACCUAAAACCCCGGAAUUUCUAAAUCAACAUACUGAUUUGCAUAACGAUGACCAACAUGGGUUAAACAACUUGUUAAAUUUUAACGACCAAACACAUGCAAGUAAUACAGAACAAUACUACUGA